AUGCUUCGGGUGAUUGUGGAAUCUGCUACCAAUAUCCCUAAAACUAAGUUUGGGAAACCAGAUCCUAUUGUUUCUGUUAUUUUUAAAGAUGAAAAAAAGAAAACAAAGAAAAUUGACAGUGAACUUAAUCCUGUUUGGAAUGAGAUUCUUGAAUUUGACUUGAAAGGAAUUGCUCUGGAUAAUUCAUCUUCCCUGACAAUAAUUGUGAAGGAUUUCGAAACAAUUGGACAAAACAAAUUAAUUGGCAGUGCAUCUGUCACACUUAAGGAUCUUGUAGGUAACCAAAGCAGAUCUUUUCCCUUCAAACUCAUACCUCUGCUAAAUGAAAGGGGACAAGAAACUGGAGCAACAAUUGAUUUGGUAGUAGGAUAUGAGCCACCAGCUGGAUCUGCAAAUCCAAAUGAUCCAGGAGGGACCAAUACACAAGAAGGUAUUUCAGGAGAUGGAGAAGAUGAUGGAGGUUAUGAGGAUGGCUUGGGUGGUCCAGUUGGUGGUAUCACACCAACAGUUCCAAGUGGCACGAAGGAAGCCCAGCUAGCUAAACGCAUCACCAAAGGAAAGAAAGCACGGAGAAUCCUUUCUAACAAACCACAAGAUUUCCAGAUUCGUGUUAGAGUCAUUGAAGGUCGUCAGUUGCCUGGAAAUAACAUAAAACCAGUAGUUAAAGUUCAUGUUUGUGGUCAGACACACCGAACAAGAAUCAAAAGAGGAAACAACCCAUAUUUUGAUGAAAUAUUUUUCUACAAUGUCCACAUGACUCCUUUAGAGUUGCUUGAUGAAACAGUUAGCAUUCGGGUGUAUGAUUCUUAUUCUCUACGAGCAGACUGUCUAAUGGGAGAAUUUAAGAUUGACAUUGGCUAUGUUUAUGAUGAGCCUGGCCAUGCAGUCAUGAGAAAAUGGCUUUUGCUGAGUGAUCCUGAAGAUACAAAUUCAGGAGCUAAAGGCUAUAUGAAAGUCAGCAUGUUUGUCCUGGGAACUGGAGACGAGCCACCAGUUGAAAAAAGGGGAAGAGAUAAUGAAAGUGAUGAUGUGGAGAGCAAUCUGUUAUUACCUGCUGGAAUUGCACUUCGAUGGGUCACUUUCCUUCUCAAAAUCUACAGAGCUGAGGACAUUCCGCAAAUGGAUGAUGCUUUUGCACAGACUGUUAAGGAAAUAUUUGGAGGAGAAGCAGACAAGAAAAACCUGGUAGAUCCGUUUGUAGAAGUUUCUUUCGCUGGGAAAAAGGUUUGCACAAAUAUAAUUGAGAAAAAUGCUAAUCCAGAGUGGAAUCAAAUUAUUUAUCUUCAGAUCAAGUUUCCAUCAAUGUGUGAGAAAAUAAAACUUGCAGUUGUUGACUGGGAUCGUCUUACCAAAAAUGAUGUAGUAGGAACAACAUAUUUAAGUCUUUCAAAAAUUGCUUCUUCUGGAGGAGAAGUUGAAGAAUUUUCAUCUUCGGGAACAGGGGCUUCAUCAUAUGAAGUAAACACUGGAGAAACUGAAGUUGGCUUUUUACCAACAUUUGGGCCUUGCUACCUAAACUUUUAUGGAAGUCCAAGAGAAUACACUGGAUUCCCAGACCCAUAUGAUGAAUUAAACUUUGGAAAGGGAGAAGGAGUUGCUUAUAGAGGGAGAAUUCUGGUUGAACUAUCUACAAUACUUGAAAGCAAACCUGUUAAUAAAAAGUUGGAGGUGAUUCCUAAUGAUGACUUACUGGUUGUUGAGAAAUACCAGCGCAGACGGAAGUUCUGCUUGGCUGCUGUGUUUCAUUCUGCUACCAUGCUGCAAGACACCGGCGAGCCUAUCCAGUUUGAAGUUAGCAUUGGUAACUACGGCAACAAGUUUGAUACCACCUGUAAACCUUUGGCAUCAACAACUCAGUACAGUCGUGCUGUUUUUGAUGGUAAUUAUUAUUACUACUUACCAUGGGCAAACACAAAGCCAGUUGUAACGCUGACUUCCUUUUGGGAGGACAUAAGUCAUAGAUUAGACCCUGUGAAUGUAAUGCUAAACAUGGCUGAAAGACUGCAAUCCAACUUAGCCACCUUAAAAUCAGGAAUGCAGGCUAAAAUUUCUGAAAACCUAUUAGCUGAGAUGUGGUUGAAGCUGAUUGAUGAACUUACAGAAGAUAUAAGUAAACCAUUUCCCCUCAUAGAAGGCAAAUCUAAUAUUACAGUCCUUGACACUCAGAUAGAAAAACUGCGCCUCAAGUCUCUCAAACAGAUUGAAGAAGCAGCAGCAAGGAUGAGAAAUGAAGCUACUGAUGUGAAAGCCACUCUGACAGAAAUUGAGGAUUGGUUGGAUAAAUUACUGCAACUGAGUGAAGAGCCACAAAACAGUAUGCCUGAUGUAAUCAUAUGGAUGAUCCGAGGGGAGAAAAGACUGGCUUACGCUCGUGUUCCUGCACACCAAGUGCUGUAUUCCACAACGAGCCCUGAAUCAUCUGGUAAAUAUUGUGGAAAGACCCAAACAAUCUUCUUAAAGUACCCACAGGACAAGACGAAAGAUGUCAAAAUGCCUGUGGAGUUGCGAGUUAACAUUUGGCUUGGGCUCAGUGCAGUUGAAAAGAAGUUUAAUAGCUUUGCAGAGGGAACGUUCAGUGUUUUUGCAGAAAUGUAUGAAAAUCAGGCUCUUCUUUUUGGAAAGUGGGGUACUUCAGGACUUGUUGGUCGCCACAAGUUUUCCGAUGUCACAGGAAAAAUCAAACUGAAAAGAGAGUACUUUCUACCCCCAAAGGGCUGGGAGUGGGAAGGAGAAUGGAUGGUUGAUCCUGAAAGAAGUUUGUUGACUGAAGCUGAUGCUGGUCAUACUGAGUUUACUGAUGAAGUAUAUGAAAAUGAGAGUCGCUAUCCUGGAGGGGAAUGGAAAGCAGCUGAAGACAGUUACACAGAUGUGAAUGGAGAAAAAGCUCCACCGCCACGUGAGUUCACGUGUCCUCUUGGAUGGAUGUGGGAAGAUGAUGCUUGGAAAUCCGAUUUAAAUCGAGCAGUGGAUGAGCACGGAUGGGAAUACGGAAUUACUAUUCCUCCAGACACUAAACCAAAGUCAUGGGUUGCUGCAGAGAAAAUGUACCAUACACAUAGACGACGAAGACUGGUGCGGAAACGCAGGAGGGAUCCAGCUCAAGCAGUAACAGCAGGAAGGGGAAUAUCAUCAUAUGAAGAUCAAGAAGGAUGGGAAUACGCUUCCUUGAUUGGCUGGAAAUUUCACUGGAAACAACGCAGUUCUGAUACUUUCCGUCGAAGACGAUGGAGACGAAAAAUGGCUCCGUCAGAGACCCAUGGUGCAGCGGCUAUCUUUAAACUUGAAGGUGCUUUGGGAGCAGACACUAGUGUCGAUGAUGGAGAAGGCAAGAGUUCAGACAAAAGCAAGGAGUCAGCUACAAAGGUGUUUGGUGCCAAUACACCACUUGUUUCCUGCUACUUUGACAGAGUAUAUACUUACCACCUUCGCUGUUAUGUCUACCAGGCAAGAAAUCUCAUGGCUUUAGACAAAGACAGUUUUUCAGAUCCGUAUGCUCAUGUUUCUUUCCUCCAUCAAAGCAAAACAACUGAGAUCAAUCAUUCAACUCUAAAUCCUACAUGGGACCAAACUCUCAUAUUUAAUGAAAUUGAUAUCUAUGGGGACCCACAGACAGUAGCCCAAAACCCACCUAAUGUUGUUAUUGAACUUUUUGACAGUGACCAAGUGGGUAAAGAUGAAUUCCUUGGAAGAAGUGUUUGUUCCCCCGUGGUCAAGUUAAUCCCAGAAGAGGACAUUACACCAAAACUGCUCUGGUAUCCUGUAACAAAUAAUGGCAAAGCUAGUGGAGACAUUCUUUUUGCUGCAGAACUUAUUUUGAGGGACAAGGGUGGCACCAACCUUCCAAUUCUUCCAUCACAAAGAGCACCAAAGCUUUACAUGGUACCUCAAGGAAUUAGACCAGUAGUUCAACUCACUGCUGUUGAGAUUCUGGCUUGGGGGUUGCGGAACAUGAAAAACUACCAACUGGCACCUGUUAUGUCUCCAAGUCUCAUUGUGGAAUGUGGGGGUGAAAGGGUGGAAUCUGUGGUGAUCAAAAACCUCAAAAAGACACCAAAUUUUCCAUCUUCUGUUCUCUUCAUGAAAGUUCUUUUGCCAAAAGAGGAGUUAUACAGUCCAUCUCUUGUUAUUAAAGUAAUUGACCACAGACCAUUUGGACGGAAGCCCAUUGUGGGACAGUGUACUAUUGAUUUACUGGAAAGCUUUCGCUGUGACCCCUACACUACUAAAGAAGACAUUGCACCACAACUGAAAGUUAGUCUACUCUCUGCUGCACCUCGCCAGGAUACGGUAAUUGAAAUGGAAGACACACAGCCACUGCUAGCAGCUCAGCUUACGGAAAAGGAGGAAGAAAUUGUUGAUUGGUGGAGCAAAUUUUAUGCUUCAGUAGGAGAACAUGAAAAAUGUGGACAGUAUAUUAAAAAAGGAUAUGACACUUUAAAGGUGUACGACUGUGAAUUGGAAAAAGUACCCGAAUUUAAUAGCUUAACAGACUUCUGUGAUACAUUUAAACUAUACAGAGGCAAAUCUGAGGACAGUGAUGAUCCAUCAGUAGUUGGGGAAUUCAAGGGAUCCUUUAAAAUCUAUGCACUGCCUGACGAUCCCACUAUUCCAGCUCCUCCUCGCCAGUUCCGUGAGCUACCAGACAGCGGGCCUCAGGAGUGCAUUGUGCGAAUUUAUAUUGUUCGAGCUUUGCAGCUUCAACCCCAGGAUAAUAAUGGGCUGUGUGAUCCUUACAUAAAAAUAUCCCUCGGUAAAAAAGUAAUUGAAGACAGAGAUAAUUAUGUGCCUAAUACUCUCAACCCAAUUUUUGGCAGAAUGUAUGAACUCAGCUGCUUCUUGCCACAAGAAAAGGAUCUGAAAAUUUCAGUCUAUGACUAUGACACAUUGACUCGUGAUGAAAAAGUGGGUGAAACCAUAAUUGAUCUUGAGAACAGAUUCCUUUCUCGUUAUGGAUCUCACUGUGGCAUCCCACAGCAGUAUUGCAUUUCAGGUGUGAAUACCUGGCGUGAUCAACUAAAACCAACCCAGUUAUUGCAAAAUAUAGCCAGGUUUAAAGGCUAUGCUCCUCCUGUCCUCUCUGAGAAUGGUAGGAAGAUUAACUAUGGGGGACGAGACUAUACUUUGGAGGAAGCUGAAGCUAACCAAAUUUUGCAUCAGCAUCUUGGGCCAGGUGAAGAGCGGCUAGCCCUUCAUAUCCUCAGAACGCAGGGUUUGGUACCCGAACACGUGGAGACAAGGACCUUAUAUAGCACCUUCCAGCCCAACAUCUCCCAGGGAAAGCUCCAGAUGUGGGUUGAUGUUUUCCCCAAAAGCUUAGGACCUCCUGGCCCUCCCUUCAACAUCACUCCCCGAAAAGCCAAGAAAUAUAUCUUGCGGGUGAUUGUCUGGAACACCAAAGAUGUCCUUCUGGAUGAAAAAAGCAUCACAGGGGAAGAAAUGAGUGACAUCUACGUGAAGGGAUGGAUGCCUGGUAAUGAAGAAAACAAGCAGAAAACUGAUGUUCACUACCGAUCAUUGGAUGGUGAAGGGAACUUUAACUGGAGAUUUGUUUUUCCUUUUGACUAUCUUCCAGCAGAGCAACUCUGUGUAGUUUCCAAAAAGGAACAUUUUUGGAGCCUUGACAAGACAGAAUUCAGAAUCCCACCCAAAUUGAUCAUUCAAAUAUGGGAUAAUGACAAGUUCUCCUUGGAUGACUAUCUGGGCUUUGUGGAACUUGAUUUACAUAAAACAAUCAUUCCAGCAAAAGUUCCAGAGAAGUGCAAUACAGACAUGAUUCCAGAAUACAAGGCAGACAGUUCUCAGAAGGCUCCCAGGACCGCCUCUCUCUUUGAACAAAAAUCCAUGAAAGGAUGGUGGCCAUGUUAUGUUGAAAAGGAUGGUUCCCGUAUUUUAGCGGGUAAAGUUGAAAUGACAUUGGAAGUUGUCAAUGAAAAAGAAGCUGAGGAAAGGCCAGCUGGUAAAGGAAGAGAUGAACCCAAUAUGAACCCCAAACUAGAUCUACCAAACCGACCAGACACCUCCUUCCUUUGGUUUACAAAUCCCUGCAAGACAAUGAAAUUUAUUGUGUGGCGCAGAUUUAAAUGGCUCUUUAUAGGCCUUAUCAUCUUGCUGAUUUUACUCUUGUUUCUAGCAGUACUCCUCUAUUCAUUGCCGAACUAUUUGUCAAUGAAGAUUGUGAAACCAAUUUAAAGAAGAGCCUUUUACCUCACCUUUUUAAAUAGCAAUGAAGUUUUGCCUCAGGCUGUGGACCAAAUUCAGCAAGGCUCUCCAUCCUUUGUAUCUGCUAGUAUUUGGAACUGUAAAAUAGAUAAGUAAGAAUUUAACCAAGGUUAGCCAAGGUUCAAGGGGUCAUGACAGGUGUUUUUAAAAAACAAAGGAUAAACCCCCUCAUGUUUCAUGUACAUUUUUUUACUUCAGCAGUAUCUAUGGCUGGUAAAGUUCUGCCUUCCUUGCUUUUAAACUAGAUUUUUGAUAAAAAUCACUCAGAAGGCUGCCUGCUAUUGCUAUCUCUUUUUUUAAUGGAUACUUCCUUUUGAGAAUUCCUUUCUAUUGGGCACGCUUUGAAACUUUGCAUUUUAACUUAACAAAAAACAAGCACUAAUAAUUAUGUAUACCAAAGAAACCUCAUGGUGCAAUCAAAGAAGGGUCAGACUUGUUUCUAGAAAAGUUUUCAGCAUCAUACUGCUUAAAGUUCUUAGUUACUGCACUGUAGACUUGAAAA